AUGGAUAUCCCACGCGGCCACGCCGCGAUGCCUCUGACCGAGGCCGAUUUCCUGGACUUUAUCUACAAUUACUUCAAAGCGGAAUAUGCACCCAUCCGAUCUUUCUGGUCCACAGCAACAGCAGACCCGCGCCAACUCCCACGAUGGAUCAACAUGGGCCACGAAAUGUCGCCGUUGACAGUUCGGCCCGCGAAUGCGCAGGCGCAGAAAGAUCUGGAAUCCUUGGACUACUUCACGAGAAAGUGGAAUCUGGAUGCUAGCUUUAUUAGGGGGCUGGUUAUUCGAUUCGCAAAAUACGAAGUUCAUGAUCGGCUGGAGAAGAAGCUGUUUGAGUGUGCGAGGCUGGAUCUUAUGGUUCGCAAGGCGCUGAAAGAGAAGCAUUUGAUUGACGCUCUCUGGCCGAGUCCGGCGCCGCGGAAUUUACCCCAUGAGUUGCUGGCGCAGGGUGUCGCCAUAAGGAAGUUUUACGGUGAUAUGUUUAACAAGUACUUCCGCGUUCUCCAUUCCAUCGACGAAUUCGAGCUCCGACCCGAAGUCGAUAUGCGAAUCAAGAACAGCGGCACACUUAUGCUUGUGCCAUUUGUCGACCACCUCAUCUUCGGAGCCGUGGAUCCCAUCAUGCCAAUCGUAGCCAAAGGCGCCGGCUACUCAAACGCCAAGGGCUGGAGAGCAAGUGGUAGCAGCAAAAGCGAUGGAUUCGGCGAGCCCGGUCGCUUCGAAAUCAGAUUCGAUGCUCCAGCGGACGUGCAGGAGACUUACACGAAGACUAUCCACGACCGUGCAAAAACCGCCCAGCCCACGCGUCUCGCAUUCCCACUCUGCAUCGAACCCGCCGCCAUCACGACCCGCAAACAAGAGCCUGGAGAUAGCAAGACCCGCGGGACUAAACAGACACAGUCUGAGCUCGACGGCUAUUCUCCAUCUUCCCCUUCUCCCAGCAACAGCAGCAGGAACACCACGCGAAGCUGCCGGCGACGCAGGGCGUGGAUCGGACGACGCCCCGCGCCCGCUGGCUUGCCGUCAAACCUCAUGGACGACUUCGUGCCCGUGUCGCCGGCGUAUGUGCCCGAGGUGGAAGAGGGCUGGGGUAGGGAUGAAGUGAAGGAGGAAAGUGAUGAUGACGACGAGGAGGAGGAGGAGUAUGAGGGCAGGUCGAGUGGGGGACUCGUGGAUUUAGAUGCGGUGGCGAGGGAGGAGGCGGAUGUUUGGGGGGAGAGGGAGGAAUAG